AGCUUUGAGAAUUUGGGAACUAAACUGUUACCUUCAAAAAACAUAUAGUAAUUCCCUCAAAACCAAACAAACACCAAAGAACAAGAAGAACUCUCUUGAGGAAGUAACAAAAAAAAUCUCUGAAAAUGGUAUUCAAGGUAGCAGCAACUGGCCUCAAUUUUUCAAGAUUUCAAAGCUUGUGGACAUGGAGAUUUGUGCUGUAUCGAUUAUGUUCUACCAACAAAGCACCGCCGUUUAAUGGCAGUUACCGUGGUGGGGGUGAUAUGGAAAAACGAAUUUUGAAGGUGGUUUCAUCGGGUGUGAAGACGAAGAGUGUGCUUGAGAAUUGGGUGGAUGAAGGUGGUAGAGUUUCUAUGAAUGAGCUAAGGGUCAUUACUCGGAAGCUUAUAAAACGACGUCGUUUUGGACCUGCACUGGAGAUACUUAACUGGAUGGAAACUCAACAUAGUUCUCAGAUGACACCUUAUGAUUAUGCCAGGAGACAGGAAUUAACUGUUAAAGAACACGGUACAAUAGAAGCUGAAAGAUAUUUUGAGAGUUUAACAAGCACUUUUUCACUGAAAGCUGCUUCCCUUCCUCUUCUUCGUUGUUAUGUUGAAGAAAGGUCCACUGAGAAGGCUGAAGCUUUCAUGUUAAAGAUAAACAAGUUGGGACUUGCUCUGAGCCCUCAUUCGUUUAAUGAGAUGCUGAAGCUUUAUAAGGCCACAUCUCAGUACCAGAAAAUACCAUCAGUCAUUCUGCUGAUGAAACAAAACCGAAUAACCUUAAACAUCCUCUCCUAUAAUCUCUGGAUGGAUGCAUGUGGGGAGCUCUCUGGGGUUGAAUCAGCGGAGAUGGUAUAUAAAGAAAUGCUGAGUGACCAAAAUGUAGAAGUGGGUUGGAGCUCUUUAUCUACAUUAGCGAAUAUUUAUAAGAAAGCAGGACUGACGGACAAGGCAAUUUUGGCCCUAAAAACUGCUGAAAAGAAAAUAUCCAACAGCAAUCACUAUCCUUACUUCUUUCUCAUUACACAGUAUACUUCUUUGAAUAACAAAGAUGGAGUAUAUAGAGUCUGGAAAGCUUCUAAAGCAGUAAACUCCCCACUAACUUGUGCCAAUUACAUGUGUAUCUUGUCGUCUCUGGUUAAGCUUGGUGACAUGAGAGAAGCCGAGAGAAUUUUUGUGGAAUGGGAGUCUCAAUGCAGGACAUAUGACAUUAGGGUCUCCAACAUACUUCUCGGUGGAUACAUGAGAAAUGGAUCAGUUGGAAAAGCUGAAUCAUUACAUUUUCGUACUUUGGAGAAAGGUGGAUGUCCAAAUUCUAAAACCUGGGAGAUACUGGUGGAAGGUUGGCUAAGAAGUCAGCAAAUGGAUAAAGCUAUUGAUGCCUUGAAAAAUGGUCUUGCUGCUCUAAAAGAUUAUGAAUGGAGGCCAUCACCAAGUAUUGCUGUCGCAAUUACAGAAUAUUUCAAAGAAACUAAAAAUUUUGAGAAGGCUAUAGAGUUUCUUGCAACUCUUAGACAUUUUGGUCUUACUUAUUUGCAAGUGUACAAGUCAUUGCUUAGAAUGCAAACUUCAAGAGAAGAAAGUCCACUGUACAUCCUUGAAAUGAUGCAGAAUGAUGGAAUUGACAUGGAUGAUGAAAUGAUGCAGAAUGACUUUUAGACCUGGGCAAAAGAUAGAUUAGUACGCUGAGCGUGUUGCCUUGUAAGAGAACUUUUUUUUUCAGUUGGUGCUAACUCUGAGUCUGUGGCUUAAAAUAUGAAGAGCACAGUGGAUGUGAUUGAUUGAGACUGCACCCUGCAGCAACUGAACGGGUGCAGCUUCGAGGACGUUCUGAAACCAUGAAACAAGUGAAGGCAUUUCCUCAGCAUCAACAAGUUUAAUAUCCACAAUCUCCCCAACAAUCUGAGCCCAGCAGAUGAUCCAAGCAGCCGCGACAUCCAUGAAGCCUAUUUUCGUAUCUCCAAAAAAGCGUUUCUUGCCUAGUUCUCCCUCUAAAAUUUUCAAGUUCUCGCGAGCUUCUUUUGCUAUCUUCCGCUGCUCCUCUCCGACCUUGGAGAAAGUACCAAAUAUUCCUGGCACACACUGUAAAGACAGAAAGAAAGAGCAUGAAUGAUUCAGUGAUUUACUGCAAGGUGAUAAACAAGUAACAGGAAUGGAUUAUUUCAUAUUUGAACAUUGGUUAUUACCUUGUCAUCAACAAAUUUUACCCAAAA